AUCAAAAACUAAAUCAAUAUGGGCUAUAUUAGAUAGCUUGCUAAGAGCCCAAGGGGGAAAGUUUACUGUAAGGCCAUUAAUCAUCCUCAUCCUUCCUCCAAGUUUAUAUCACUAUAUAUAUAUUCAGUUCAUAUGAAGGAGGGUUCUGACUGGUUUGAUUAGAGAAAUGACAAAUUAGGCAUAACAUUAUAAUAAUUCUGUUAGAUAACUAUUCAGGAACACAAAAAUAAAUUAAAGUUUAUAUUCAUUGCACACAAAUUAAAUCAGAACACCACUAGUAUAUUCAGUUUACAGAGGUGAAUAUGUCUGUAAAACAGUUGUAUAAAACGGCCGUUUAGAUUCCAUGGUUGCUACGUUUGCCUCCAGCAUAACAGAUCAGAAUUUAAACAAAAACAAUUUCUCAGAUGGUCAAAAAAAAUAAUUUUCUAACUUUCACUCGAUGAUUUCUCUGUAAUUAUCGCCUCAACUCUGCACUUCUUACAUCCUGUCCAGAGUUAAAGACCCAAAGUAAAAAGUUACAGCGAGGAAACUGACUUCCAUCAUGGAAAAUAGUAAUGUUCCGAGCCACCUGUUGGACCAUACCUACAACAAAGUUAUUAGAGUUUCAGCACGCCUGACACAGGCUGCCAAGAGACCAGCAGCCUGCAGAGACUGCUCCUGCUGCAGUGACAACCAGCACUCUGAAGCUCCUGCAAACCCACCCCAAAAAAGGAGGCGCACCUCUGUUGCUCAGCCUUCAACACCUCCUGCUGAUACUCCAGCUUCAUCUAAUCUGGUCCUGAAGCCUCGCGCUCCAAUUUCACCUGCUGACUUACCUUUGGUCUCUCCUGUGCCCUCCAGCCCCCAGCCCACUGCUCCACCUCUCCCAGACGAGCCCCUGAUGAUAUGCGGCCUCCCCGUGGAAGAGUACCAGCAGCUCUACCAUGAAGUUGUCGACGACAUGCUGAGGUUCAAGAAUGGCCGGCAGCGUCCAUAUACUUUGGCCCUGGGUCGCCGCAUCAAGCAGAAGCUGUGGGAGAGGCUGGACCGUCCGACCUUCACCGAGACAGUCGACGCAGACGGCCGGGUGCAUGUGGACACAUCAUACGGGGUUGGUGUCCACCCUCCCCAGUAUGAUGUGGACACAUCAGAAGAACCAGGGCCCAGUAAACGUCCCAUCAAAAGAGCUAAGCACUAAAAUGAUUUAUCAUUCUAAUAGCUCUCUUAAGGUUUAGUUUAGUGUUGUUAAGGUUUAGUUUAGUUGUGUUUAGUUUUAGUUUAGUAUUGUUAAGGUUUAGUUGAAUAUUGUUUAGGUUUACUAUAGUUGUGUUAAAGUUUAGUUUAGUAUUGUUAAGGUUUAGUUUAGUUGUGUUAAGGUUUAAUGAAAUAUUGUUUAGGUUUAGUUAAAUAUUGUUAAGUUUAAGUUUAGAUAGUGUUGAGUUUAGUCGUGAGUUUAGGAUUUGUAGCUUUAACUUUAAUAUUUGUAGUUUUAAGUGUCACACUAAAGAGUUGUCCAGGUUUUGAGUUUCAGGAAAUGCAGCCUCCACCUUCAGUUUGAAAAGACACCUGCCAGAUCUGCCAUUUAAUCUUCUAUCCACAUCCUCUUCAAAAAACCAUUUGAGUGAAAAAAGAGCCCGACUGACUGUGAUGCAUCGACCAGAAAGAGCUCUUCUUCUUCCCACUCGGCUGAACUCAAGGUAGUACUGAUGAGUCUGAUGUAGAGCAGUGUAAUAUAAGAGUUCUGGUUCUGUUCUGAAUGUUCUUCAAAUAAAGGUCAAUGGGGUUUCUAAAACAGAUUUGGUGAUGCAUGGAUAUUUAAUAUAACACUUUUAUUUGUGUUUCCUUCAGGCCUUAUUGGACUUCCCAGACCUCCACACCUUCCGCUUUCACCACCAACUCUUGCUCCUCUCCCAAACACCAA